UCCAGAAGCACAUUCUCUCCUGCAGGUGAGUCAGGAGGGGUGUGUGUGUGUGUGUGUGUGUGUGUGUGUGUGUGAGAGAGAGAGAGAGAGAGAAAGGAAAGAAUCCAGAAGCAUAUUCUCUCCUGCAGGUGAGUCAGGGUGUGUGUGUGUGUGUGUGAGAGAGAGAGAGAGAGAAAGGAAAGAAUCCAGAGCACAUUUUCUCCUGCAGGUGAGUCAGGAGGGGGGUGUGAGAGAGAGAGAGAGAGAGAGAGAGAAGGGAAAGAAUCCAGAAGCACAUUCUCUCCUGCAGGUACACAGAGAAAAGGUGGGAAGCCGCACAGGUCCUUUGUCCCUUUAUUGCUGCACUUUGCCGGACUCCCCAGCAUCCGGAGGGACCGCAGAUUCCCGUGAGCACUCGCAGGCGGGUGGGCUUCUCACCUGAGCCGGCCCCGAAGCAAAGCCCACAGUGAGUCCGCGGGGAAGGACGCGAGCUCAGAGGCUCUGGGCCCGAAGGCUGGCCUCUCCGACUUUUCCUGCCUUCUCACCCAAUCCUACCCCCUCAGAGAAAACAGUAACUGUCUCUGAAUCAUGCCGAUCUGAACGCCCCGGGCGUGGUGGAAAGCUUGGGUAAUGGAGGCAGAUAUACUGAGAGGGUGCGAAAAACCAGACUUCAGUCUCGAGGCUAGGGGUUUGACUGAUUUCUCCACCCACCGUAAAGAUGAUCCUGAUACAGAAGCUUCCUCGGAGCCCCGUGCGUUUGUGGGGGAGACAGAAGGUGGGAGUGCUCGUAGCCUCUGCUCCAAGGCGAAUUAGCCCCUAGAAGGAACUCUGGAUGGCCUGGCGCGAAGAGUUUGAAUGGGCAGUCCAGGCCCGGCUGGUGUGACUUCAUCUUUACCUCCUUUGACAGAACUGCGUGUUGCGUGAGGCGGUGUGGGUGUCCUCAGAGGUAGCUACCUAAGUUUGCAUACUUCCUGGCUGACAGAGCACUCCUGCCCGUGCCUCGGGGCCGGGUGGUGAGGGGCAGUGGGAGGAGUAACCAAGUUUCACUUCCUUGCUGGUUGGAGACUCACAGCCACAGCAGGCUUCUCUCUCAGAGGAGGAGAGGCACCUGGCAGAGGCUCAGCGGACGUGAGGCGCGCGAAUGGGCAGAGCAGAAUCCCUAGAAGGGAAGAUGAGCGCCCAGGAUCCUUCAGAUCUGUGGAGCACAUCAGACGGAGAAGCUGAGCUGCUCCAGGACUUGGGGUGGUAUCACGGCAACCUCACACGCCACGCGGCCGAGGCUCUUCUCCUCUCAAACGGAUGUGACGGAAGCUACCUUCUGAGGGACAGCAAUGAAAGGACCGGGCUGUAUUCUCUCUCUGUGAGAGCCAAAGACUCUGUCAAACACUUUCAUGUUGAAUAUACCGGAUAUUCAUUUAAAUUUGGCUUUAAUGAAUUCUCAUCUUUAAAGGAUUUUGUCAAGCAUUUUGCAAAUCAGCCUUUGAUUGGAAGUGAGACAGGCACUCUGAUUGUCCUGAAACAUCCCUACCCAAGAAAAGUGGAAGAACCUUGCAUUUACGAGUCUGUCCGGGUUCACACAGCAAUGCAGACGGGCAGAACGGAAAGUGACCUCGUGCCCACCGCACCUUCUCUGGGCACCAAAGAAGGUUACCUCACCAAACAGGGGGGCCUGGUCAAGACCUGGAAAACAAGAUGGUUCACGUUGCACAGGAAUGAACUGAAAUACUUCAAAGACCAGAUGUCACCAGAACCAAUUCGGAUCCUAGAUUUGACAGAAUGUUCGGCUGUGCAAUUUGAUUAUUCACAGGAAAGAGUAAAUUGUUUUUGCUUAGUGUUUCCAUUCAGGACGUUUUAUCUUUGUGCAAAGACAGGAGUAGAAGCUGAUGAGUGGAUCAAGAUAUUACGCUGGAAACUGUCUCAAAUAAGAAAGCAGCUCGAUCAAAGGGAAGGCACAAUCCGGUCUCGGUCAUUCAUCUUUAAGUAGACCUUUUCUGACCCAGGACGCCCUGACCCAGGAGCAGGGUGGCAUGGUCCCUGACGCUGUGACCCGCAGGAAAGCUGACUGAGGACUUUUCUUUUCAAAACAAAUAAAAGCAGAUGCGGAUUUGGACCUUUGAGAACCCACCACAUUUGCAGACUCUCGGGUCACUGCUUGCCCUUCAAGAUAUUGUCGUCUCCUGGAGAAGACCAAAGUGUCACCGAUCUGAUGGAAACCGAUGAGACCACCAGCCCAGGCAUGCUCGCUCUUAGAGCGCACCAGAGAAGAUCAAGGGUUUUUGUUUUCCCUCACUGCGGUCCCCAAGCUGGUUGACAUUACUUGCCU